AGACGGAGCAACGCUAUUGGCUGACUUUUAUAACACCAACCGUGGUUGAAAUUUUUCUCUCGCAGUCUAAGAAAUAGAGGAAAGAGACAGCCACAGGCGGCAGACUCAGGAAAUGCACUCAAAAUCUCUGGAAGGGGGUUUGAGAGAGAGCGGCUUCAGGUAGAGAGACAGCACAAACAGGGAGAUGCGAACAGAGACUGGUAUCAAUAAGUCAUGACUUCUGAGGGAUUUGGACAUGUCUUACUUCUCAACAGGAGUGUUUUCAAAAUCAGCAUAACUGCGUACUAUGAACAUGGGUUCUGGUUAAAUUUCUCCCCAUCUUCCCCUACUUUUUAAUUGUUUUUUUUUUUUUUUUUCCCUGUCAGAAGUGAAACAUUUUCUGGCACAUUGGAGAAGAUCUGCUUUGAAGACUCUUCUUUGACGGGAGAAAUCUGAGGAAUGCAUCUGAGGCGUAGAUAUAGGGCAGACAGUACUGACAUGGUGCCAACCCAAACUGAUAGAAACAAGGGCAGAGUGGACUGUUCAGAGGCAAACACGACUCCUACCAGACACAGGUAUUCUCUACUUGAUGUUAAGGUCAGUUAAGACAUCCAUCCAUCCUUAGAUCGUGCAUUUGUUGAUCCUCAAAGUCUUACAUUUUCGUAAUUCCAAACUUAUCUGUGCUGUCUCGAUCUUGCUUUGGUAAAUCACUCAAUCAACAGUGAAUCUGGGUUUUCACAGUGAGCCUAUUUAGUUAUUAAAGCAAUAUGUUCAAUUUAAGUUAAGAAUAAUAAAAGUUCAACAGCUUAUUUAUGAAAUAGACUGGGUACCAACUAUAGAUGUCUACAAAGGUGUUACAUGUAAGCUGAAUUAACAUGCCAUUAAUGAUGUUUUAGACUAAACUGUAAGCCAUAAACCUAACUACUAAGCUAACAUAAAGCCAUAACCAUCCUAGACAAUAUUCCUGUUGGUAUCUUGUUUUUUUACUGCUCUUAAUAUCAACAAGAAUCCUGUGCUUCUGCUCUCAGCGUGUCCAUCAGACACUCUUACCUUCAGAGACAAAUGUGUGGGUUUCGUCUCAGGAGAAACUCCUUUGGGGAGGAGGAGACAGACAUUUUGCCUGUCAGAGAUUGAAAAAGAGGAGCACUGGGGGCACAACAACAGACAACUGGCCGAGAACAUAUUUCCUCAGAGCUUCCCUUACCCCAGCGAGACGACUGACGUUUUGCUGUCAGCUUCACAAAAGGAGACAAAUAGUGGAAGCAGCACAGCUGCAGCUCGAGCUCACUAUUGAUUGUUACUUUAAGUGAUUGCUCUACCUACCAGGACUGUAUAGAGUCUGCUUGCACCUGAAGUGGAAACCGACAAUAAGCCCUACUCAGGUAGAAGAGGGAGGGGAAGCUACCAGUAGCUUAAAAUCGAUAUUAUUAGAGCAGGCAGGAAGUUCUACUUCCUUUUCACCGGUCAUCAGGCUGGCUGGUGCAGCCAUGGCGUUCACCUUCGCGGCCUUCUGCUACAUGCUCACCCUGGUACUGUGCGCCGGGCUCAUCUUCUUUGUCAUAUGGCAGAUUAUUGCCUUUGAUGAACUCCGCACAGACUUCAAAAACCCCAUUGAUCAGAGCAAUCCCACCAGAGCGAGAGAAAGGAUCUUAAACAUCGAACGGAUCUGCAACCUUCUCCGCAAAUUGGUGGUACCAGAGUACUCCAUCCACGGCCUUUUCUGCCUGAUGUUCAUGUGUGCUGGAGAGUGGGUCACGCUUGGCCUAAAUAUCCCGCUGCUCUUCUACCAUCUGUGGAGGUUUUUUCAUCGGCCAGCCGACGGAUCAGAAGUGAUGUACGAUCCCGUCAGCGUGAUGAAUGCUGACAUUCUUAACUACUGUCAGAAGGAGUCCUGGUGUAAGCUGGGCUUCUACUUGCUCUCCUUCUUCUAUUACCUGUACAGUAUGGUCUACGCCUUGGUGAGCUUCUAACAGGUGAUGUAAUGAUCUAACUGGAAGGACCUAUUUGAUACCCAAAACCAUCGGAGGCAAGCCUUUCUUCUUUUCACGUUUUCUGACUUUUGUGGCUGUCUUUUGGACAAAACAAAAAGACAAAUCAGACUCAAUGCGUUACUUAGGACCUUGUUUAGCCCAUCAUCCCUUAAACCACUGUCAGGCGCCUGGAGAGAAAAAAAAAAAAAACAGCUCCCAAAGACUGAAAAGAAACAAGAAGAGGAUGUUUGAGAUGCCUUUGACCCAAUACAUGAUUUACCAAUAUUAAUGAAGGGCUGGAUUUCUCCGCGAUGCUCUUACUGAUCCAGCCGCCCAACUCACUGUGAAUCUCCAAACACUUAGGGGCUGGAAAAGAAAAGAACAUGUCUGUAAUCUUUGACUUGAAAAAUUUACUAAAAGCAGGAUUGUUUUGAUUUGAGUCAUUUUAUUUCAGACACUGGUUAUGUCGAACAAUCACACUAAUUAUGUGGCAGGUGCAUUUCUCUUUAUGAAAAGGCUGAAACCAGAGAGCUUAUGCCCAGGCACCGUAAUGAGCUGCAAAGACCUACUAAGCUUGCUCAGCUCUGACUAAACUAUAAACUAUAAGGUGAUUAAAGGUAAAUAUAAUAAAGGUACAAAUUUAACCCAGUUUCACAAAAAACAUUAAAAAAACACUUAUGAAAAUUUGCAAAUUAGUGCAAAUCUAAUGUAAGUUAUAGAUGAAAAGGGUAAAUGUUGACCCAGAGUGGAUUCAGCUUUCAUAGCUCUGUGGAUGUUUUGCUCUGACACUAAGUUUAACCAUAAAUUUAACUUUAAGGAUCUGUAUGCUUUCAAAAAUGGGUUUGUUUGUACCUCUUAAGACAUAUUUCUUGCUUAAUAGGUUCAUGCUUUUGACAGAGCAUCAUGCUCUAAUAAUACCAAAAGUUUGAAAUGAAACAAAAAUGUGCCAAAUUUUAAACUGGCUCCCCUUUAGGGACAUUUAAGGCAAUUUAUCAGAUUUAUAAAUUAAGCUGUGUGAGGUUUUAAGUACAAUAGUCUCAGCUCUAGACAGCAAAUCAAGGAAAAAUGAACAAAACUUCACUUUUAACUCACUGAUUUACAGUUGUUAACAUUUGGCAACCAGAUUGUUUUUGUUUUUUUUUUAAAGAAAAAAAAGUAGAAAAAGAAAAAAAAAAUGUCUGUUGUAGUUUUAGUGUACAGAGAGCGCCUUAUUUCUGUCCCAGUGAAGUCAUCUCAGUCAUCUCCAUCUAUACGAUAGUCAUUUUAGCAGGCAAACUGUUCUCCGAUUGAGGUAGAGUAGUGAUCACAUGUACAAAAAGCAAUUUAAAAACAACAGAAAAGCAAUGUAAUAUGACUCCUGAUACAUAUCAAAGGAGUGUUAUUCAGUAUUUAUGAUACCAGUGAUUGAGGCUCAAUCGUCGUCAGGGGAGACAUUUAUGAGUCAAUGACAAAGUUUCAGCUAUUGAGGAAGUGUAAAAAACAUAGUGAAGUCAUCAUAAUACUGCAGUCACAGAGAGGACCAAUGUGAGAUUUUAACCAGCAGUGACUUUCUGCAGCACAUGCUGCCUGUGAUGAAAGUAUGGUCUAUUUGUGUAUCUAACUGGAAUAAAAUGCUUAAAGAAUAAAUAAGCUGGAAGGCUGUGGACAUGCUCUGAUGUUUGUGUACGCUGCAGCCAAUGGAAGACGUUCCUCAUUUCAUCUCCAAACUUUACAAACUACCAUAAGCUUUGAUAGAUGAUCAUCAGCAGAAAAAAAUAUCACCUACUCCAGGCAUAUUUAAAUAAAAAAUAAAAGAAAACAAUGUGUAUCGGCCAAAUGUGUGUCCACAACCAGUGUGAGACCAGAGUUUUUUGGGGAUGCCACAAUUACAGUCAAAUUAUUUAGUUCCUGAAAAACAAAUAUAUAAUUUGAUUAGCAUAGAAAAACAGAAAUACUUCAAAAGCACAAAAUGUGCAUCAGACAACCUGUCCAGUGGAUAAUAUACGCCUAAAUUUCUUAUUAUUAGUUUGGUGCCAACUGUAGCCAUCAUAUCAGAUUGGGUACUGAUCGAGACAUUUUGGAUUCAUAGGUCUCUGAUAGAUUUUUCAUAUGCUGUCAUUUAAUUCAUUUGCACCCAUAGUUUUAUCCAGCAAGCUACUCAAAUACACAUAUGACCAAUUUUCUCAAAACCCUUGAGAUCUUAAUCCUCAGUUUGUAUUUUAAAGCAUGAAAAUGAAUCUAAUGAUCCAAGAUUAUCUGUACAUCUCUGUACCUUCAUGCUGAUGGCAGAUUGUUCUGGAUAUUGCCGCUUGCAGCCUACUGAAACCAUGUGACCUUCACUGUGUUCUCAUGAAGCCCAAACACCACAGACCCUAUGUAAGUUCAUGACUAAAAAGUGAGUCUAUGAAGUAGAAAAUAACUGUUUAUAUUUUUGUCCGAAUAAAUUUAACCUAGAGUCACAAAAGGGAGGUGUGAUAAACUGAUUAUCUCUGUAUAUGUAUGUAUUAUCAAUGAGAUACAGAAACAUUAUUAAGAGGUUUUUAUUUAUUUAUCUUUAAACUUUGCUUUUCUGUCUUUUUUGGGCAAACUCGGCUGUUAAGCCUUAUAUGGUUUGGAUUUUCUACCUUAUGGGACAUAGUCUCGUUAUAUGACUUUUCAAAUAUAUAUGCCAGUAGCUAACUUUGGUUGCAUAAAAUGUUUUACUGAAAGAUAAGCUUGUCUUUUUUUGUCCCAGCUGCUAGAACCCAAAAGUCUAUUCAAGAUCAUAUUAAUUUCAAGGCUCAUCAACAAUCCACUUACCAGGAGAAUAAUUCCAAAAAAAAUAUUUUAACAUGUGACCUUUUUUUCAUUAAUUUAAACUAAAAAAUGUGUUUCCCAUGAUGCUGCAUUUGGCAGAAAUGUGAUUUUUUUUUUUAUUCUUUAAUGUUUCUGUAGAUUAGUUUGUUAAACGGAUAUUGGCUGGUCUUUGACCUCGUCAAGCUGUAGCUUUGCAGAUAUUGCUGGAUAGGCAGGAUCUAUAAGGCAGCUGGGACAAUAGUCGCCAUUGAACUUUCUGAUUGCUCCAGCUGCAGGUAGACCUCUGCUUUGUCUACAUAUUGCUCCCACUUCAGAAAUUCUAUUUAGGCUCAAAAGGACUGUGUAAACACCAUCAGGACAUACAGUAGGCCUAGUUAAUAUUACCUUACAUUAUUGUGAUCCAAUGUUUUUAGGUAUUUUAUGUGUUGGAAUAUAACCUGACUAUGCCCCUUAAGCCUUUUAAAACAGUUGGCUUGAAAUUUGGCCCAAUCUUUCAGGCAGAUAUGGCUUUCCUGUAGGUCAUCUUGCUUACAGAACAAACAUACAUUUUAAGGGAAUGAAAUCUCAUUAUGAUUUUGUACUUCAAAGUAGGAAGAUGUUUUUAGGCUUGCAAGAUAUCCACCAAAUGUAACAGUUUUAAUGCUGGCAAAAUAAUUCAGUUUUAUAUUCAUCAGACCACAGGACAUGUCUCCAAAAUGAAAAUAUACUUAUGUCCUUGAAGGCAUCUGCACAUGAUAUAUGAGCUUUUUGUUGUCUUAGAAAUAUUGGAUCUUUUUCCUCUCAGAAGGGCCUUUUAAGCCCAUGUCGAUAAAAAAUUUGUCUCACUGUGAGUAGCAAAGUUUUACAAGCUUAAUUCAACAUCCUCACAAGGUUUCUAGCUUUUGUUCUGUGAAUGAUUUGCAGACUGUGUGCCAAAAACACAUUAAUCUCGGGGAUACAGAACCCGUCGCAUGUUUGGACAUCCCAAUGGUGUUCAUUCUUCUGUAUAAUAGUUUGAACAGAUCAUUGGCGUACUUUAGGUGUCUGGAAACUGUUCCACAAGAGGAAACAGAUUUGGUUUUUCUCCUUUUUUUCAAUGAUGUUACCCAGGAAAGAAGUGUCUUUGCGGUGUUGACCUAAAAUACAUCCACAAAUGUGUCUCUAUUUACUGUAACUCCAAUGUUGUAAAGUUAAUAGAGGCCAUUAAGUCAUUAUUUUGGCUUUCCCAAAUUGUUAACAAGGGAUGAAAUUUGGUUUUAAUUUCAACAAAGUAAAAAUUUAUUUCACCAACUUUAAUGUAUGUAGGAUAGCCUGUCCAGAAUAACUCAGAGCAGCGGUAAAGACAAAACAAAAUUGUAAAAGACAUCUUUAAAUAAUUUAUUUAUCUUAUUGUUGCUUUUAUUGUAAUUAUAAGCUAUAAAUCUUACAAAAAAGCUCAACAUAGCAAUUCUGAAUUAACAGCAAUAUUAUCUGUAGGAAGUUCUGUUUUUUUUUUUUUAGAUAUUCUGUGCUUGUUCCACCACUCUGUCCACCAUGCUCCAAAUGAUUAGGAGAAAAUCUCAACUUGACUGUGUGAUUUUUAAUUUUUUUUUAUUUCAAUCACUGAGCAACUUUCAUUGGCUGCCAGUGUUUUGAGGGACAAGCAAUAGUGCAGCCACAUCGUGCCGAGAGAAGUUUGCAGAUAAUCACAGGACACAGAGACCUCAGUUUUCUGCCAACUGUGUGAAUGUGUGGGUCUGGACAAUCACUAUCAAAGCACAGGGAAAGGAUGACAGGGGACGAAAUAAAGCCUGCUGGAACAUCGUUAUGUAGUUGCUCUAAAUAAAGCGUUUUAGGAAACUGAAUUUAAUGAAAUCUAUAUUGUAUCUGUCUUUUAUACAUUUCUCAUAAUGCUAAAGUAGAUUUGGUGAAUUACUUUAUAUUUAUUCAGCUCUACUAUGAUGUGCAUCUAUUUACAUGUCAUAUCCCAAUAAAAACCAU